GGAGGGGGGAGGGGUGAAGGGAGGGAGAGACUGCCGUCCGGUUGUGAAGGUGGUGACGCAUGAUUUGUAUGACUGAAGAGACCCAUCGCCGGGGUUCGUUCAAGUCUUGUGAGUCCUCUGCACGCUGCGAGUGUUCGUCUGCCGUUUCAAGCUACACAAAUGCUCAAAUACAACUUUGAGAGCUCAAGUCGAUGAUUCCCCAUUAGCUUUCGGGCACCGCCACGCCGCACCUCAAAAGUUUUUGUUCAAGUUUUUUGACGCGCCGUCUGAAACUUGGUGUGGCAUCCAUUUAAAAGUGACUAUUGAAGAGCAUUUAACGAUGCUCCAUUCGGAAUUGAAUGGUCCUUUAAAACUUGGAUAAUGCAGUGGUUCUACGACUCGGUAUCCCCAUUUCUGAAAGGAGAUUAGUGAGUUGCUUUGGCUAGCCUGUUGCUGGUGGUUCUCAUAGGCUUGGUCACAAGUUGAGACUGCAGGAAACAGUCCAGUCCAAAGACUUUAACACCAUGUGUGCGAAUUAGCGAACGUUCGGGAACGUCAUUAUCAACCUUUCCAUCACAUUUGUGAUUGUGAUGCCUACUGGUACCGCGGAGAAUUGUUGAGGCGGUGAAUGGUAUUUUGCAUUUUCUGUACCAAGCGUACCACUUGUGUCCGUAGGAACGCUUACUUGAGUUUCGGUUGGUGCCGGAAAUGGUUUGUCCCCCAUUGCUGGAUGGAAGCUGGACAUUCUCUGUCUUCACUAUAUGAUUUUCAUACACGGAUUGGGCCGUGCAGCAUGUUGAGAUUUCACAGGGAUGUGACAGGCAAUGUCGUAAAGUCAGGUCCAUCUCUCGUAGCCUGAACAAACCCAUGAUUAAGACCAAAGAUGGAGCGGAAGGCGAAGGUAGUAAGACUGUUUCUUACUAUUCCCGACUUAUCACCUCUACACUAUCAACUAGGCUGAAAAUGCCAGAUUGCUUGUGCACCCUAGCAGGAUCAACUAAGAGGAACAUAUCGCACACAUUCUGAACUUAUUCAGUAAAAAGCCAAACUCACGGUGUCCAAUCUAGCAUAUGCUGCAACCGAUCUUUUGUUCAUCAAUCGAUCGUAUGGGAUAGCACUGUUCCUUCAGUCACAGACCACCUAUUGCUGGCUAGAUCUGUCCUCAACACAAGACGAUUAGAUCCAGCGGAUUACGCAAUCAGGCGCUUGUCUGUUGUCUCAGAGCGUCGACCGUGUCCCAUUGGAUUGCCAGUUGGAAGCAAAAGCAAUCAGCAUGUCGGACUUUACUUUCUCUCCUGAAAGAGAACCACUGACUUGGGAUGAGUUAGAUUAGAAUUGCGGUAGACAGUGGACAAUGGCAAAUGUUUUCGCGCACAGCCGAGGUGCUUGACGAAUACUUUAAAUGGAGAGAAGCCGCCUUGAAAUCUUUUGUAACGGUUGCUGAUGAACUCAAGAUUGAAGUCCUUGGCUACAUUUCCCAGGUUGAUGCUAACACCGGAAAGCUCUGUGCUGUACGCCCAUCAGAUCCAUCACAUCUGCGCGACAAAGUGCUCAGAUUAAACUCCUUCCCAUACGCAACAAAACCCCAUGGACAAAUCCAACAUUAUGUACUGUGGUCCUUGGAGGAACUCACUGAAGAUCAAACGGAAGCCUUGUUGAAGGAGCGCAUGCCCGGUCACGAAUUCAUUCAUUUUGUGAACCCACCACAUCGCAAAACUAUCCCCGAGAUUCAUCAUUAUCAUGUUUUUUGCCGGUCAAUAGAUAGUGGGUCAGCAGAAAACUGAAACCCAGCUCUAGAAACAUGUUGACUAUGUACAAUAGUGGACUAUCCUGUAGGAUAUUCACCUGCAGCAGCACAUCCUUC